UAUUGGAAUGAGGCUGUAGUGGGAGUCGGAGGACCCGAGCGGGCGCGCGAGGGAGGCGGCGGGCGGGGCGCGAGCCAGGCUCGGCGAGCAGGGGCGAGGCGGAGCGAGCGGGCGAGGCCGGCGUCCCCCAACCCUCCCCCAGCGGUCCCUGGGGUCUGCGUCCACUCCAAGGGGCGGACGAACUUCACCAGGUAAUUCUUCCUGGAGGAUGCAUUAAGAGAAGAGGACCCUUAACACAUUAGGCAUGGAGAGCGGUUUGUCAGUUUCCAACAUGCAAGACCCGUCCUCCUCACCCCUGGAGAAACAGCAGAGCUCAGCGAACGGUAAUGGAGGUCUCGAUUCAGCAGAAGAAGGUUCAGGCCUGGAGGAAACUGGCUUUAACUGGGGAGAGUAUCUGGAAGAAACGGGGGCCAGUGCGGCACCUCACACGUCAUUCAAACAUGUUGAAAUCAGCCUUCAGAGCAACUUCCAGCCAGGGAUGAAGCUGGAGGUGGCCAACAAGAACAACCCGGACACGUACUGGGUGGCCACGGUCAUCACCACGUGCGGACAGCUGCUGCUUCUGCGCUACUGCGGCUACGGCGAGGACCGCCGCGCCGACUUCUGGUGUGACGUGGUGAUCGCCGACCUGCACCCCGUGGGGUGGUGCACGCAGAACAACAAGGCCCUGAUGCCCCCGGAGGCAAUCAAAGAGAAGUACACAGACUGGACUGAGUUCCUCAUUCGGGAUCUGACUGGCUCCCGGACGGCACCCGCCAGCCUCCUGGAAGGUCCUCUGCGAGGGAAAGGCCCUAUAGACCUCAUUACAGUUGAUUCCUUAAUAGAACUUCAGGAUUCUCAGAACCCUUUUCAGUACUGGAUAGUUAGUGUGAUUGAAAAUGUUGGAGGAAGAUUACGCCUUCGCUAUGUGGGAUUGGAGGACACUGAAUCCUAUGACCAGUGGUUGUUUUACUUGGAUUACAGACUUCGACCAGUUGGUUGGUGUCAAGAGAAUAAAUACAGAAUGGACCCACCUUCAGAAAUCUAUCCUUUGAAGAUGGCCUCUGAGUGGAGGUGUGUUCUGGAAAAAUCCGUUAUUGAUGCCGGAAAGUCUCCUCUGCCGAUGGAAGUGUUUAAGGAUCACGCGGAUCUGAGAAGCCAUUUCUUCACGGUCGGGAUGAAGCUAGAAACAGUGAAUUUGAGCGAGCCCUUCCACAUCUGUCCUGCAUCGGUGACCAAGGUUUUUAACAAUCAUUUUUUCCAAGUGACUAUUGAUGACCUAAGACCAGAACCCAGUAAAGUGUCAAUGUUGUGCCACGCGGACUCCUUGGGGAUUCUACCAGUUCAGUGGUGCCUUAAAAACGGAGUCAGCCUCACACCUCCCGAAGGUUACCCCGGCCAGGACUUCGACUGGGCAGAUUAUCACAAGCAGCACGGGACUGAGGAGGCGCCUCCCUUCUGCUUCAGAAACACAUCCUUCAGUCGGGGUUUCACCAAGAACAUGAAACUAGAGGCCGUCAACCCCAGGAACCCGGGAGAGCUCUGCGUGGCGUCCGUGGUCAGCGUGAAGGGGAGGCUGAUGUGGCUUCAUCUGGAAGGCCUACAGACUCCUGCUCCAGAGUUCAUUGUUGAUGUCGAAUCCAUGGACAUCUUCCCGGUGGGCUGGUGUGAGGCGAACUCAUACCCUUUGACCACACCACACAAAACAGUCUCCCAAAAAAAGAGGAAGAUCGCAGUAGUGCAGCCGGAAAAACAGUUGCCAUCCACAGUGCCUGUUGAGAAAAUACCUCAUGACCUUUGUUUACUCUCUCCCUUGGACACCACAGGGACCGUCAACGGGAAAUACUGCUGUCCUCAGCUUUUUAUCAACCACAGGUGUUUCUCAGGCCCUUACCUGAACAAAGGGAGGAUCGCAGAGCUGCCGCAGUCCGUGGGACCCGGCAAAUGUGUGCUGGUUCUCAAAGAGGUCCUCAGCAUGAUCAUCAACGCAGCCUACAAGCCUGGCAGGGUUUUGCGAGAACUACAGCUGGUGGAAGGUCCACACUGGAAUUUCCAGGAGGAGACGCUGAAGGCAAAGUACAGAGGCAAAACCUACAGGGCCGUGGCCAAGAUCGUGCGGACGUCCGACCAAGUAGCGGAUUUCUGCCGGCGGGUCUGUGCCAAGCUGGAAUGCUGCCCAAAUUUGUUCAGUCCGGUGCUGGUUUCCGAAAACUGCCCAGAGAACUGUUCUGUUCAUACCAAAACCAAGUACACCUAUUAUUACGGGAAGAGGAAGAAGAUAGUGAAGCCCCCCAUCGGGGAAGCCAGCAGGGAGAGUGGGCCCCCCAAGCCAGCCAGACGCCGGAAGCGGCGAAAAUGCAUCUUUGUGCAGAAGAAGCGCAGGUCUUCGGCUGCGGACCUGGCCGCGGGCUCCGGGGAGGAGAGCGAGGAGGAGGACGCGGAUGCCAUGGAUGAGGACACCGGGAGCGAGGAGACCGGCUCCGAGCUCCGCGACGACCAGACGGACACCUCGUCAGCCGACGUCCCCUCCACGCGGCCCCGGAGGGCCGUCACCCUGAGGAGCGGAGCGGAGCUCGAGCGCCGGCCGCCCGCGGAGAGGCCGAGGAGGGGCCGCAGGUUGCAGGCCGCCUCCGGUGCCGAGGGCGGGGAGCAGGGCGCGUCUGGUGGCCAGGACCCCACAGAGGAAACCAAGCAGGAGGAGGAGGAGAGGCUGGUUCUGGAGAGCAACCCUCUGGAGUGGACCGUGACCGACGUGGUGCGGUUCAUCAAGCUGACGGACUGCGCGCCCUUGGCCAAGAUCUUCCAGGAACAGGACAUUGACGGCCAAGCGCUCCUGUUGCUGACCCUCCCCACAGUGCAGGAGUGCAUGGAGCUGAAGCUGGGGCCCGCCAUCAAACUCUGCCAUCAGAUCGAGAGGGUGAAAGUGGCUUUCUACGCCCAGUACGCCAACUGAGCGGGAGGUGACCCAUUGUCUUGGGGAUGCCGUGUUCUUGGGAAAGUUUCGAGACUGACGCUUCAUUCUGCCGGGCCACAUGCGAUGGAGCAGGAGGCAGGAAGCCUGGCAGAUGUUCAUCCACCAGCCUGUGGACACUACUGUGCUUCUGGGCCCGCUCGCCACCGCAGCAGUGGUUUCCGGACAGUGCUGGGCAGUGCGAUCCUGGUGGCAACUCAUUCCUCAGACACACUGGCAGCUGAUGUUUCAGGACAUGGUUACAAAACGAUGAGCUCGAGUGGCAUCGCCUGUCAGAGGUGCCUUUUAGGAAGGAGAGGGCGUGAGGCAGGUGGCGUGUUGUGGGGAUGAGGCGUUUCUUCCUGAACAACAGACAUCGGAGCCUGUAGAGAGUCCCGUUUGCAACCUUCUGUAGAACUUCACGAAUUGCUGACGUUCUCAUUUCAUUGUGACCAGAUCAGGGAGUGGCUCCUUUAGUCUGUUGGGAAAUGCUGAGCUGUGGACUGAAGGCGAGCUUAAUGCCAGGAGCAGGGAGAGGCUUAGGGAAGCUUUGAAUGAACCAGCGGCAUCCCCUUGGAAGGAUCCUCCAGUGAGUCCUCUUGACGAGACAGACGGGCUUCGAGUGCCGCUCCGACGCACCCGGUCCUGGGAUAGGCGAGGAGGUGAGCGUUCCUGACGGGAAAUGCAGCAGCCACCUGGCCCGGCCCUGCUCUUCUGCUGGCACGGCUGCCUGCGGUCUGUACUCUUGGGUGACCGGUUCCCUCUGGGACCCCUUGUCCCCAUCCCGCUCCUGCUAAGAGUCCCGAUCCGCCAAUGCGAGACGCACACAGCAGUUGAGGAAGAAGCAUGCAUCCACAAUGUUCACUGCUUCUUGCAGCUCACCCUGGCCGGGAGGCUGCUGAUUCCUGGGGAAAUUUUUCAUCAAAUUGGUUAAGUCACUUGAAGAGAGAUCUCUGGCUCUGAGAACUGGCUGGUUUUUGGUAACUAGCACCUCAUCUGCAUGUGCCCAUGAGGUACCCGGAAUGUUCACUCAAGCCCAAACGGACUGCUACCCCCAGCCUUCCCCGCUGAGGCAGGUGUUCAGAUGCCAUUCAGAAUGUGCUUGAGGAAAACUAAGCCUUCAGACUUGUCCAGAGGUGGACCCCGGAAGCAGAGACUGCACGCCCUUCGGUUCCUCUUUUUUUACCCACCUUCUUCCACCUUUUCUCCUUGAUUAGAGUCUCAGCAGCUGGACAUCACGUGGCGGCUCCUUGCCAUUGUGCCGCGGCUACGUUGUUAAGGCACGAUUCCCUGUCUGAUUUCGCAGCGUCUGGUUACCACUGCUGACAAUUACUAGCAUCCUGUCCCGGUCACCGAAGCAAAUGGAGACUUAUUUUGCAGGUGACUUUUUUCUCUCUCCCCACAGCUGGUUUCUGCCCCCACGUUUUAAACAUUGGGCAUGUGGGUCUGCCCAGGGCCCUGUGAUGGAGGGGCCCGUGUCCCACCCUAGUGCCCAAUGCCUGGCCUCUCACUCCCGCCUUCUCAGCCACACACUUACGGCCUUAAAUGCUCAGCCUCUCGGACGCCAUUGGGUAGGGCAUCCGCCACAGGGUUGUUGGCGUUCUCACCGUGCGGAUUCACUUAGGAUCCUUCACUGUGGCCUUUCAGGCUGAGCUAGUCCCGGUACAUUUGGGACAACGGAAGGAUGUGGUGGCCAAAACGUGUCUUUGUACUUUGAGGACGAAUGUCACCUUCUCUUGCCCUCUCAAAGAAAGGGGACACGGGAGCAGGCAGAUCCUCCGGGUGUCUCUGGACCCCCCCACCCUUCCCCCACAACCCACCUACAGGAGCCGGAAGGUCCUCCCACUGGCGGCCCGGGCAGGACAAGGCCACCAUUGCUGGGGGGGCCUCCUGCUUCCCGAGGGGCCAGAUGCCCAACACGCUCCUUGUCCUCAGUCUCCCUUGGUGCAGCGAUCGGUCACUUCACCCUCCAGGGAUCUGUGUGGGAGCCGUAAGGAAGACAGGGCUGGGGCCACAGGCAGAAGACCUUGCCCUGGGGGGACCGUCACGAAGGUCGUGUCCGGUCUGCCUGCUGGCCCGUCGAGAGCCAAGAAACAUUUUAGGACCAAAAAGAUGUUUCUGCUGUGAGCGUUGCCCAUGUGCUCCUGAGCUUGGCUGCUGCGGGGCUUUCCAGUGACAGGCAUACCCCACAUCAGUAGCCGCUUGGUUCCAGAAUGGUCAGGCAUUCGAUUCUCUGUAGGAUUCACCCACACCAGCUUCUGUCUUAUAACUAGGGCUGAUUUCCAAGACACUUGUUGCUGUGUCUCUAUGGCAGGAAGCACUGACUUCACACCCCUUCCCCAUAUGCCGCGGCAGCCUCAAGACCAACAUUUCUUGGUCAAAACACCAACAGGUGAUGCCCCUCCCUCCCUUCUCCGUCCCCAGAUGCUACAGUGUCCCCUCUGUCUCUUUGAUAAUAUCUCGGGACCAAAGUCUUGCCCUCUGUGUUCCGGGACCCUGCAUUCCGUCCUGAAGCUGGCCGAGAAGUGUGUUUCCCUCCCGGUCACGUGGACACUUUGGAGUCUGUACAGCGUGGGUGACUUGAGAAACAGAAACACCACCUCGUCUUUAACGUUGAGAGUCGCCAUGUGAUCCCACCCAAAAACGAGUGGACUUCGUCCCGCCCCUGCCUUCCUGACUGCAUCUGUACCGCGUCGGAAAGCCGUCCGCCCCGUGACAGGAUAAACCUAACAAGGGCAGGGUACGGCUGGCGUAGCGGAUGGACUUCUCUGCUUUUGAAAAAAUUAAAAAAAGAAAAACAGAAACCAGUUUCCUUCACCAUGAAGUUGCAUCAUACAGAGAACUCACCCGUCACUUUUAAGAGUAAGUUUAUCUGAUCAAAGUUAGACUCACAGGCAGUGUUUGAGCUGCCCAGCUUCUCAGUUGCUUGACCUUAUUUGAUCCGUAUUUGGAAGAACGUUUCCUGUGUUUUCUUUGAUUGGUUCCUGGGUGAAUUCAAAUGACCCAAACCUUUGCCCCCGCCCCUCUGACCCUUCCUGUGGUCUCCAGAGAUUUGAUUUGGCUCAGGCUUUGAAGCUCGGUCUGAGCAUCCUAAAGUGUCUCUCAGAAUUUUGAGUGUUGUUAUCAGGCAAGUUCUGAGAUCUGCCCUUUAUCUUACGCCAAAUACCUUCUAAGGAGCCGAUCUCUUCGUUUUGCAAGCACUAGGGGAUUUCAUACUUCUUUGGUAGAAUGUCCAUUUCUGUUGAUUUCUGUACAUAGAACUAUAAAAACAGCAGCGUCACAACCUUUGUUGUGGUUCGAGCAUCAUUGUCAUUUCUUGGUGAAGGUGGUGACCCUGGGGUCCACGUACUCUGUUCUGUCUUUAGAGCGCUGUGAUCGAGUGUGCAAUGAUUUGAAGGGAAACAUAGUAGAUUAAGGUGUCUGUAGUGUUUAAGGAAGAAGUCGUUGAAGACGUGUACAUAACGGCCCGUGUCUUUUGGUGCGAUAACUAAAUGCAAGGGAAAGUUCUGUUUGCAGCCUGAUACUGUGGUGAUUCUCUUAAUUGUCUACCGUUCUUUUCCGUUCAAGAGUCUUGUGGAAGUUGCUUGAUUCCCUUUAACUCAGCUGAAUAUUUAAGCUGGUUCUGGCUUUUAUCACCAGAAUGGGCUUACAAGUAUCCCAAACACUGAUGCGAUAGGAUCGAAUCAUGCUAUUUCCCACCCGCUUAAUUUACCCGAGACAUUGUCAUUGCUGACACAUGGCUCUGAUCUGGGCUUUGGUUUAAAGGCGUCUUGUAGUUCAGGUGAUCAAAAGAACCCAGACCAUUUCCUGGGCAGGUUGUCUUUCCGUCUUACUGGUUGUUCUCAAUGGCCAGGAUUCUGCACCGGCGAGCAGGUAGGUCUCUGGUGUGCAAGCCAGAAAGCCAGGGCGGCACUGCAGGUGGACCCGAGGGCUACCCUGAAGGACGAGGAGAGUUCUGGGACCAACCUUUGCCGGAAAAUCCACUCACGAUGGGAAAUCGGAGACACUUUUUUUUUUUUUGAAACGACAGAAGAAAGCAAAAUCAUCUCAUUUGUUGUUCAGAAUGGGAGCUAACAUGUUAUCUGGAAGCAAAACCUAUUCCCGGUCAUGAAAAUCCAAAGCCCUGUUGCUGUUUUACAUUCCAGUUUGAGAAGAUUGUAUGGAAUUCGAUUCCUAUCUUGUGCACCGUUCUGGUGUGUAAAAGGAAGAAUUUGUGGUUUUACUUUGGACAUUUUCAGAACAAAGGGCAUGUUGUUUGGUUUGCUGUAAGAUUGAAUUCUGUAUAUAUGUUUUCAUGUAAAUAAAUGAAAAUCUAUAUCAGAGUUAUAUUUUAAUUUUUAUUCUAAAUAAAAAAAACCUUUUUACUUGAAAAAUUGUAAGCCACAUUGUUAAUAAAGUACAAAUAAGUUCUA